GCGUAUUUUGAGUGUCCUCAACAUUGGAACAGUGCUUGUCGGCGUUCGAUGACGUAGCGUCCUUAAAAGGGCGGCCGUUGAGCAUGCUUCCUUGACAUUGGGAAACAGCCCCUGUGUCGCUCUCGUCUCUUUCUGCCAACGACAUGCGCGUGGAGCGGGGAGUGACGUAGAGUGACGCAGACUGAUAAUCCCGCUGUGACUGACUGAUGUGACCAUAAUAACUUUUAUACUGAAUAGUUGUAGACAAAUAACCUUGUGAAGUUACUAUAUAGUUUAAGGGAAAAUGUCCUUUGAAAAUCUCACGUAUGCAUAUUUUGGAGGUUUGAAAUUCCCUUAUGUUAGCACACAAACGUAGUUGAAGGCUUUUAUUUUGAAGACGUUGCGAGAUACCACACAAACGCUGUUUAGAGUCGUUCAGACUUUAGAGUGACUUGGCUGCAGUAUUCUUUAUGGCAUCAUAUCGCCAACUUAUCUUCAGAACACAUCCAUUUAUUCAGUUACCAUGUAAAUAAUUAAAUUAAAAGUAAGUAUUAAGUAUUUAAUUUCAACAAUGACUUAGAUAACAUAAUAUAGGCUUUAUGGAUAUUAUAUUAUAUAUGAUAAUAUUGUUAUAUCAAGAACAAAAAACGUCCCUUCUUUAAGGGCAGUUGCGUCACUUCCGGGAUUGGAUCAGUAGGUUUGUUAUCAACAAGAUAAUUCAAAGUGGAAAUCAAAGCCACUUGGCUUCUCCUCACCCUAUAGCCUGUCCUGAGACUAACAGCCGACCACAGGGGGAAUCACAUCUUCUGGAGACCUCUUCACUCCUCACCUCGUCUUCACCAAACAGCCACGCUGGAGUAAGAAUGAAUGAAAGUUUUGACUAUAUUUCUACAGUAUUAUUAGGUGUCCUACGAAUGACGCAGGAACCCUAUUGUUUUUGUUAGCAUUAUUAGGGGUCCUACGAAUGACGUAGGAACCCUAUUAUUUGUGUUAGUAUCAUAAGGGGUCCUACGAAAUCCGUAGGAACCCUAUCGUUUUUACUAGUAUUAUUAGGGGUCCUAGGAAAUCCUUAGGAAACCUAUUGUUUUUGUUAGUAUUAUUAUUAUUAGGGGUCCUACGAAAAGGAACCCUUUAGUAAUCAUUAGUUUUAUUAAGGGUACUACGAAAUCUGUAGGAACCCUAUUGUAAUUGGUAGUAUUAUUAUCUUCCUGACUUUUUGGCUCCAAAAGCUUUUUGGGCCAGAAUAACACAUAGGAGGUGCUAUAACAAGGCCUGGAAGUUCAGCAUUUUCAACGGGCUGCCAUUACCACUAGGAAGGUGCAAUAUGCAUGAAAUUUGUUAUACUUGACCUUUUCGUCAUGAUUAACAACUUUGAAACUGCAACCCAUAAGGUCAGACCAUUUGGAUAGAGUGUAGUGACCACAACUUGACCAAACACCCACACUCCAACAUAUUUGCUGCCAGAGAUGGUAAAAGCUGAAAAAAUUCAUAGCAAUAAGGCGAAGGACAGCAGAGAAAUACAUUUUAAAGUCAAAUACAUGCAUAUGUAAACACCUCUACAACACAUUUGAACAGCUCUAACAUUGUGUCCAAAACAGGUUGGCCCAGCUGUCGAAUAUAAUUAAGAGGAGAUUACAAAGUAUACCAAUGCCAAAUUUGAAGACUAUAUCUAAAAAAACGAACAAAAACAUUUGUAUGAAGUUCUCCUUUCUGAACCGUGGCCUCUCUACAGUUUUAUUAUUGUUGGGCUGUUCCAUAGUCAAGUGACUAGAUGUAUUCUCAUUGUUGUUAUGUGUUUCCAUUCCAUAUUAGGCUUAUAUCCUUACCCCCAAACCUCUUCUUCCAGGUCUUGCUUCUCAUAAGCAUUCCAAUAGAAUGAAUGAAUCUGUGAAUGAAUAUAUAUAUAGAUAUCUAUGUGAAUAAAUGUCCCUCACACAGGCCCUCUGUGCAAAAGCGCAAGCGGACCGUGAGCAGUGACAGUGGGCAGGUUGUGGUGUUGUCCUCUGCAGACCAGGAAGAAGCUGCCAUGUUAGAACAGGGAGCCACACAGACGGACCAAGAGAGAGGUCGGACCUUUAUGGAGGCCAUCAGUGAGAAGUACAGCCCCGAGAACUUCCCCUACCGCCGGGGGCCCGGCAUGGGGGUGGUGGUGGUACCGGUGGUCGCCCCCCAGGGCUCCCCUAUGAGAGAUCGGCUGAACCUGCCCAGUAUCCUGGUGUUGAACGGUAGUGGGAUCUCCCGGGCUGGGGACCAGGGCGAGAUCGCAGCCUUCUGUGCUCACGUCAUUGAGCUGGACCUGUCUCAUAACACGCUCCAGGACUGGAGGGAGAUCAGUAAGAUUGUCUCUAACAUCCCCAACUUGGACUUCCUCAACCUGAGCUUCAACCCACUGGCGAGCGUAGCGCUGGGGCCUGUCUGUGGCGAGGCCUUCUGUGGUGUGCGGCGUCUGGUGCUCAACAACACACAGGUGUCCUGGGACACGGUCUUCACCCUCACACGAGACAUGCCUGAGCUUGAGGAGCUGUUCCUGUGCCGCAACAAGUACGACAGUGUGCUGGCCGCUGCCACGCCCUGCCCUACGCUGCGCCUGUUGCACAUCACCGACAACAGUCUCCAGGACUGGGAGGAGGUACGCAAGUUGGGCUCCAUCUUCCCCAGCCUGGACACCCUUGUGAUGGCCAACAACAACCUGGCAUCCAUACAGGACAGUGGGGUGGUCCUGGAGGGCCUCUUUCCCAACCUGCGAAGCAUCAACCUGCACAACUCAGGUCUGAACCGGUGGGAGGACAUCGAGAAGCUCAACUCCUUCCCUAAGCUGGAGGAGGUGCGUCUGCAGGGCAUCCCCCUACUGCAAACCUACACCAACACAGAGAGACGCAGCCUCAUGGUCGCUCAACUUCCCUCAAUCUCUUCACUGAAUGGCAGUGUGGUGAGCGCCGGUGAACGAGAAGACGCAGAGCGCUUUUUCAUCCGUUAUCACCUGGAUUACCCAGAGGAAGAGCUCCCGUACAGAUACCACUGCCUAGUGACAAAGUACGGCAAACUGGAGCCGCUGGCAGAGAUAGACCUCCGACCCCGAUGCCUUGCCCUGGUGGAGGUGCACUGCGAGGACAAGGUUGUACAGGUGAACGUGCGCUUGGACCAGACGGUGGCGGAACUGAAGAAGCAGCUGAAGGAGGUGGUCCAGCUGCCCACCAACCACAUGAGGGUCUACUACAUCGACAAGGACCUUUGCUGCAUGUUCGGCCCAGAGGAGAUGAAGUACAGCACGCGGGCGCUGCACUCCUACAGCAUCCGCGACGGGGACGAGAUCCUGGUGGUGCCCAAGACAAAAUGAGCCACGCGCUUGUUUAUAUCCUCCCCCCAAGCUCCAGGUCUCAAUAUCCCACGCUAUUGGAUGAAAAAAAGAGAAAGGAUGGACUGAUUGUUUCACUGGUUCAAUUGCUAAGUUAUUUAAUAAAAGGCACAGUUAAAAUGGGAUAGGUGUGACACGCAGGUCAAAGUUGAGGUAAAUAAUGCAGGAAACGGUUCCAAAAUGGAAUGCAGGCUGGUUGACUGCUGAAUUAGCAGAACCACCAAUCCGGAGGUAAGGAGUUCCUAUUAGAUAAUAUCCUCUCUAGACUUUUUCAAAAUCCCAGUCUUAAACAUAAAGGGAAUUUCUGGAAUGUUUCUGUGUAAAAAAUGGAGACCAAGCUACAAGUCAGGAUGGCGGAGCAGCGACCAGGAAGGCAGAAGCAGAUGGCCGUUGGAAACUGGUGCACCAGCAAAUCUCAGCUCUGUCCAAGCUGUUAGUCUACGGCUUAUCGCACCUUUACGAGCAUCAAAGACCACCAGCUGGCCCAUCUGUCACCCAAACCCUACUCAAACUAGUUGGCUAUAUUGUCAUAUAUUUAUUUAAAAACGAUGGUUGUUUGUUUUUUGAAUCUGCACUUUUAAGUGAAAAGAAAGAUUAUCAGGAAGAGCAGCGUGUCUUAAUAAUAAUGUGUGACAUUGCAUCAUUACAAACCAAUACACACACACACACACACACACACACACACGUAUAUUCACACUUAUAUGAACGACAACCACCUGUGCUGUACACACAAACAUACACAACUGCACAGCAUAUUAGGUUGUGUCCUAUUCUAUCCCUGCUCCAGCCAUCUCAGUCUGGGUUUUCUUCAUCUCUGUCCUGAAUGACAUCAAGUAAUUAAGGACAUUAAGGUCCAUUUAAUACAUUAUACAUAUUAUGUACCAUUUAUAUAGAUCAUAUCGAGUUUAACAAAAAUAAGAACAUAAGAUGCAGGAUGGGCAGAUAUUAUUUGAUUAACUAUCAUAUCAUGCAACUUAAACACAGGGAAAAGCACCCUGUGUUUAUGUUGUAUGAUAAUAUUGUUAAUCAAAGGAUAUCGGCCAAUCCUAUAUGUAUAAUAUAUGUAUAAUGUAGACAGAUAUAGGCAAGCUGUCCUCAUAUGGGCUCAGGCUCUGAGCUCUGUUGACAUUGAAAUCUGUUGAUCUUCUUUGUUGGUUGCCAAUUUUAAUACAUAUUUCAAUAAUAGGAGAGUAACAGUUCCAUUAUUUUUCAUGAAUGAAAUAUUAUAGCCAUGAUAAUGUUAUCACAUCAUAUAGAUCAUGUAUUUAUCUCAGACUGCCUUUCAGUGUUUACAAUAAUCUAGCAGAUCUUUGCGAACUCAUCGUUUCCUUAACUUGCUUCACUAUAUUUGUUUACUUUGAUCAAACAAGGCAUGCAUUUUUAUUUUGACUGAAUCCCUUCCUGGCCCUACAGAGCAAAAAGACUCCCUAGCCACAGCUGUGUUAUCUUCCCCAAAGCCAAGCUCAUUGAUUAUUUUUCUUGAAUAAGUGUGUCACCAUUUCUUUGAAUAUCAACAUAAAGAAAAGCUUUUGAAAGAAAAGGAUGACAAAGUGGGCCCAAACCACAAAUGCCUAAAUUUAAGCAUACAUUAAAUUGUUCAUUGAAAGUAUGCUUAUUUUUAUUUGCUUGACAACUUUGUAUUUGUUUGAUUGAUUUACAGCAUACAAUAUGUGUUAUUGUAUGUUAUUGCCCGCCACAAGUAUGAUUCAGGAUGCCUGAAUUUGUAUUUUUGUGAGAGGAAAGUAUGACCAUAAGGUCACAUUCAUUCACACAAAGCCCUUUUAAGGUGUUUGGCCUGUCUACCGUUAUUGUUUUGAGAUCCCAGCUUGUUUUUAUUUAUCAAUUUAUGGAACCCAUUAUUUACUGGACGUUUUAUGAAAAUGAUUCAUGUUUUUCAUUUUAAUGUGUUAAAAUCAUAUAAAGAUGUAUUUAUUUAAUAUAUUUAUGUUUGUUACUCAAUUUGGAGUAUGCUUUAAUUUAUUUAAGUUAUUGAUUUUGUGUGCGAGGAUCUGUUACAACCUGUUACAAUACUAGAACAUGAUAUUUAUCAGAUCAUCUAGAGUUCCAUUUUGUUGCACAAUAUCAGCCUUACCACAUCAACACUCACACACAGCUUUUAGCAGGUAUUUGAUUUAGUCUUGAUAUAUUCAUAUGUAUUCCCAUGAAGACUUGAGUGAAAUACCUUGCUGCCACACAUAGCCACACCUACUAGGUUACUAUUUUAACGUCUAUUUGCGCUGACAGUGUUGCCUUUUUAACUCAAAGUGCUCCUUUUUGCAUUUAAGCACUAGAUGAUCAUGAUAGGUCCUCUCGGGCUGAUCCAUCGAUCACUUUGCAAUGAGCACCUCCGUUUUGGACGUAAAGGAGCAUAGGAAUGUUGUUGAUAGUGAUGAUGUUUUGGUCAUUAUGGAAAAUGUUGGUGUUUGAAAGUGCCACAGUGUGUAUUAUGCAGGAUGUGGUGAAACAAAGUUUUCAUCUGCCCAGUUUAAGGUAUAUUUAUAUUUAUUUUAUUAUUAUUUUAUAUUACUAUAACUCAUAAGUCAACAUACAACACCAUGAUGCAUUCUGGUGUACAAGCUCUAUUCAUCUGUAUGUACUCAUCAAUUCACUCAGCUAUAAUACAUGACUACAAUGGAUGUGCGUGUUAAAAUGUAUUCUUAAUAGCCUUCUCAGAAUCAUUGCUUCUCAUGCUGAGGUAAAAUGCAUCAUAGAAUGGUAAUAAAAUCUCAAUCUCCUUGCAUUGUCCGACCAUUUUUUUCAUCACACAAUGGUAUAGGCUACAUUCACUAGGAAAACAAAUGUAUCACUU